ACAAUGCAAAGUGGAGCCGGGCGGCCGGCGGAGCCAAGACUGAUCUUCCAGAAGGAGGGUUGCGUCAGACAACCUGAUGUAAUCGGAAACGGUGUCGCCCUCAGUGCAGUCGGUGACUCUGCGAGUGCUCGCUACAGGGACGUGUGUGUGUGUGUCCCCUGGUGUGGCUUCGGACAGAGAAUACACACACACACACACCCCCCCCCUCACACCCCGCUGUCGGAGCCCAGCGCCGCUGUCCCGGGACGGGACGGGACCCCGUUUUGCUCCGUCAGAAUUUCCGUCGAUCCCUGCCCGCUCCUAACUGCUGCCUCCCGCCUCCCAACGAGGACCUCAGCUGUUGAAUCCCGGUGGGAACACCGGAAGUGAGGUGACUGCCGAGCCGGAAUGGAGAUGGAAAGGCUGUCCUGGGAGGAGGAGGCGGAGGGUGCAGGGAACCCGGACAGUGAGAGCAUGCUGACCAACGAGAAGCUUAUCUUCGCAGACAGCUAUGAACCAGCAGAAUCCACAACCGCAGAGUGCCAAGAGUUCCUGCCUCAUUCCUCUGGGAAGAAACCAAUCCAGUUCUCAGAUCAGUUCGAGGGGAAGACUUCGUUCGGAAUGUCUGUCUUCAACCUCAGUAACGCCAUCAUGGGCAGCGGGGUCCUGGGGCUCGCCUACGCCAUGUCCAACACCGGGGUUGUGCUCUUUGUAGUGCUGCUGGUGUGCAUUGCCCUGCUGUCUGCAUACUCCAUACACCUGCUGCUCAAAUCCGCUGGCUUCGUCGGGAUCCGGGCCUACGAACAGCUGGGCCUGAAAGCCUUCGGACAACCGGGAAAGGUGGUGGCCGCUGUUGUCAUCUCCCUGCACAACAUCGGAGCCAUGUCCAGUUACCUGUACAUAGUGAAGUACGAGCUGCCGCUGGUUAUUCAGACGUUUCUCCAGCUGCAGGAGAACAACGGGAUGUGGUACCUGGACGGCAAGAUUUUGAUCAUCGGCGUCAGUGUGGUGGUCAUCCUGCCCCUCGCCCUCAUGAGGCAGCUCGGUUACCUGGGAUACACCAGUGGCUUUUCAUUGACGUGUAUGGUCUUCUUCCUGAUUGCGAUUAUCUACAAGAAAUUUCAGAUUCUGUGUCCUCUGCCUGUUUCGGGGAACGAGACACACCCCAGCAUGGAAAUGGUUUACAUCAAUGGGGGGAAUUACACAACAGAUGGAGAAUGUACGGCAAAACUCUUCACCAUUAACACACAGACGGCGUACACCAUUCCCAUCCUCGCGUUCGCCUUCGUAUGUCACCCAGAGGUGCUGCCCAUCUACACUGAACUUAGAAGCCCUACAAAGCAGAGGAUGCAGAAGGUCGCGAAUCUCUCCAUCAUGGCCAUGUUUGUUAUGUACCUAACCACAGCCGUCUUCGGGUACCUGACCUUUUACGGGACAGUGGAACCUGAACUCCUGCACACGUACAACAGGGUCGACCCCCUCGACACCCUCAUCUUGUGCGUCCGGUUGGCUGUGCUGCUGGCUGUCACCCUCACUGUUCCCGUCGUCCUCUUCCCGAUCCGCCGUGCGAUCCAGCAGCUCCUCUUCCCCGGGAAGGCCUUCCACUGGGCCCGGCACGUCGUCAUAGCCAUCGUCCUGCUCUUCUGUGUCAACCUCCUGGUCAUCUUUGUGCCCAACAUCCGGGAUAUCUUCGGGAUCAUCGGUGCCACCACUGCUCCUAGCCUCAUCUUCAUCCUGCCGGGACUCUUCUACAUCCGGAUCAUCCCCAACGACAAGGAGGCCUUGAAAUCCAGGGCAAAAGUCCAGGCUCUCUGCUUUGCAAUCAUUGGCUUCGUCUUCAUGAUCAUGAGCCUGACCUUCAUCGUGGUGGACUGGACGAGCGGCAGCGAGGGGUCGCAGCUGGGGGGUCACUAACUGGCGCCCACCCCCACCCCACCCCACCCCCCCAACUCCCUCCCCCCCCCCCCCGCCACCCUCCCCUCUUCCCGCACCUUGAGCCGUCAAGGGUCCCAGCGGACUGGGUGCUGACAGGAGGGUCUGUUGACCUUUCUCUCCCCCCCCCCCCUCCCUCACUGACAUCUCCCUCCACUGAACCCCUACCAAUGAGGGAGCGGGGCGGGGGGGCACUUCACAGAGGGGGCAGCGGGGGUGGGAAUGUCUCUGCGGCCAGGGGCACGGUUGCUCAUUAAUUUAUUGGCCGUGCCCUUCCCUCUCUGGGUGGGAGGCGACCCUAACGUUCCUGACACUAGUAUUUAUUGUGAUGCAAGGAAGAGGACUUGGCUUGAGUGUUGCCCCCCACCCAACCCCCAAUCCCAGGGGUUUCGUUUUGUUUUUAGGCAUCCUCCGGGAAUGGUGCCAUGGUCCGGCAGAGGAGGGAGGGGGUGCUCGUGGGCACUGCUGCCUCCGGCUCAGAUCGUCACAGAGGAAGGAGGGGGGAUAGGGUGAGGGUCCCACCAGGAUCCUGCCUGGGUUUGCCACUCUCUUUUUAGGGGGGGUGGUGGGCGGGGUGUGCCCAAGGUGGAGUACGAGCCCUUGCUCUGUCUGGUGAGUCUGCGCGUUCAUGUGCGCCUGCCACUGUCCACGUGUCACGUGUUUGUGUGCAUGUGUGGCUCGUCUGCAUUUUUUGUGUGCGCGUAUUCCUGUAUCCUGGUGCGCCUGUGUGCGUAUGCCUGUAUCCUGGCGGGCCUGUGUGUGCGUGUGUGUGCACGCCUGUAUCCUGGUCCGCCUGUGUGUGGGCACGCCUGUAUCCACGUCUGCCUGCGUGUGCCUGUAUUCCGGUCCCCCUGUGUGUGUGUGUGUGUGUGUAUGCCUGCAUCCUGGUCUGCCUGUAUCCUGGCGAGACUGUGUGCCUGUAUCCUCAUGCACCUGUGCGCACAUUUGCCUGCAUAGUGGCGUGCCUGUGCGCGUGUACGCCUGCAUAAUGGCGUGCCUGUGCGCGUGUACGCCUGCAUAAUGGCGUGCCCGUGUGUGCGCACGCCUGUAUCCUGGCGCACCUCUGCGCACGUAUGCCUGCAUAACAGUGCACCUGUGUGUGUGCACGCCUGUAUCCUUGUGUGCCUGUGUGUAUGCCUAUGUAUAUGUACAGUUGUCUACACCAUGCAUGAUUGUUGGUGUGUUCACCUGUUUCUGUGUGUGUGUGCUUGCACAUGCCCACCUGUGUGUACCAUUGUGGGUGUAUCUUGUGCACAAACAUGCUUGCCUGUAUUUUUGUGUACCUGUACGUACGUCUGAGUGCAUACGCGCCUGUGGGUUGCCUGCGCCCGUCAGUUCAUACGCUGAUGUCCCGUGCAUGCGCACAGGGCGGUCCAGCAAGUCCACCGGGUGGCCAGUGGGACUCAGCGCAGUGCUCAUCCCCAGCUCUGGAGCCAUCGCAGAUUGCUGAGCUGGUGCCGGCAGCCCACGGCUGCGCGGGACACCUCCUCUGAGGGAAGACCUGGAGGAGGAGGGGGGGGGCGUUCGUGCGCACGCACUGUGGGAGCGGCGGGCUAGGGGGGAGGGUGCAGAGGAGACGUCAGUGGUAACUCCCGAGGACAGACUGUCCAGGAUGGGAGUGUGUCCCGGGAGGGAUGGGGGGGGGAAUUUAAUUGAGGGAACGAGAGACAGGAAAAACAUUGAGGGCCCAGUUUCCUUAGUGGUAAUGAAUAUAUUUCAUUUUUAACAAAAAAUAUUUCUGGUUUUAGAUCGACACCUAGAUACCCCUAACCUCGCGGUGGUGAAACGCAUAAUCAUUAGUUUUUCGGUUAACUAGUCCUGGCUUGGUAACUUGAUCUCCUGGGUAACCGACUCGGAAUGGUCAAUAGACUAAUUCGUACCUGGGGUGAAGGGUCUCGACCCGAAAUGGUGACUGUCCCACUUCCCUCCAUGGGUGCCCCCACCCCGACCCACUGAGUUCCUCCGGUUGUUUUGUGUGUGGCUCCCGGGGAUGUUAGCUGAAGGCAAGGUGGUGACUGAAUUGACUGGAAUUAAGUGGUAAGGCCGGUGACCUGUAUGCAGGGAGUUGAUGGAGACUGUGUGGGGUCCAAGGUGAUCUGCUGGAUGAUGGCAAAACUAAAGGACCGCAGGCAAUACAGAGCAACUUGAAUGAGCUUGGGAGCUAAAUAUAUGCAGGAAUAACCCUUUGCUUUCCAACAUUUGGAAGGGAUUGAAGAGGAGGUGGGGGGCUGGGGUGGGGUUCUCCCUGAUUUUAAAAGGCAAGGACUCAGAAAUUCAAAUGGAGUCAGACAGGGUGUUGAGAAAAUGUUGGUGUGAGUCUGGAGCUUUCUAAAAGUCGAGUUUAUUGUCAAGCGCACAAUUACGGUGAGGUACGGGGUGCAAUGAAAAACUUGCUUGUAGCAGCAUUGCAGGUACAGACAACACACGGAGCAUAAGUUAUACGAGACAGUGGAAAAAGAUAAAGUGGUGCACGGUAUAAAUCGGGGAAUUAGUGACGUACGUAAUGUGCUGCUCAUGAGGGAUCUUAAUCUGUCCAUAGACUGAGUGUACCAGAGUCCUUGUUAGCCACUGACUUAAGGGGUCUGUGCAUUUGUGAGAUUAACUGGGAACGUUGUUAACACAGAAAACCUACAGCACAAUACAGGCCCUUCGGCCCACAAAGCUGUGCCGAACAUGUCCCUACCUUAGAAAUUACCAGCCCUCUUUACCCAUAGCCCUCUAUUUUUCUCAGCACCAUGUACCCAUCCAAAAGACUCUUAAAAGACCCUAUUGUAUCCGCCUCCACCACUGUUGCCGGCAGCCCAUUCCACACACUCACCACUCUCUGAGUAAAAAACUUACCCCUGACAUCUCCUCUGUACCUACUCCCCAGCACCUUAAACCUGUGCCCUCUUGUGGCAACCGUUCCAGCCCUGGGAAAAAGCCUCUGACUAUCCACACAAUCAAUGCCUCCCAUCAUCUUAUACACCUCUAUCAGGUCCCCCCUCAUCCUCCGUCGCUCCAAGGAGAAAAGGCCGAGUUCCCUCAACCUGUUCUCAUAAGGCAUGCUCCCCAAUCCAGGCAGCAUCCUUGUAGAUCUCCUCUGCACCCUCUCUAUGGCUUCCACAUCCUUCCUGUAGUGAGGCGAUCAGAACUGAGCACAGUACUCCAAGUGGGGUCUGACCAGGGUCCUAUACAGCUGCAACAUUACCUCUCGGCUCUUAAAUUCAAUUCUGCGAUUGAAGGACAAUACCCACCGUAUGCCUUCUUAAUUAUUUAGUUAGUUGUGUCUUUCUCCGGGGCCCCUCUCCCGCGUAUCUGGUAAACCAUUCUUGCCAUGGCAGGGAUUGCUUUUGAUGUCUUUGUCCUGGCAUUUAGUGACGUAACAAUAAUCUGUGUGUGUGUGUGUGUGUGUGUGUGAUGGCCCCGGGGUCAGGAACGUUUGUAUGAGUUUUUCCUUUGUUAUCCAUGGGAAUGUGGAGCCCCUAUCCCAGGGACUUGGUGCAACAGAAAUUAGUGUGGAGUACGGACGUGGGGAGUGUGUCGGAGAUAAAAAAAAAUGGCAAGGCAACAUAUUACGUCUGGUGUGUAGCGGAUUAAGGGUUGGUUAAUCAUCUGUGGGUUCAGGGAGGGAAGAGUGAUCAUAAUAUGAUAGAAUUUGAUGUGAAGUCUGAAAGGAGUCCAGUCUAAAACCAGGGUCUUAAAACAAGUGGGAAAUGACCUUAAAAGAUAUGAAAGUAAAGAGUCAACGGUUAAUUUUUUUAAAGAAUUACUACGUGUCAUAUCAAUUUUUACGGAGGGCAACAGGCCCUUCAGCCCAACAUGUCUGUGCCGACCUUUAUCCCCCAUCUCCACCAAUCCUAUUUGCCUGCAUUAGGACCGUAUCCCUCUAUCCCUUGUCUAUUCAAGGGUCUGUCUAAAUGCCCCUUAAACUUAGUCACUGCAUCUGAUUCCACCCCCUCCUCUGGCAGCACCCUCGUGAUAUCAACCAGGAAAAAGAACCUACCCCUCAGAUCCCCUUUAAACCUCCUCCCCCUCUCCUGAAACCUCUGCCCUCACUAUCGGAUGUCUUUGGUAUUAGAACAUAGAACAGUACAGCACAGGAACAGGCCGUCCGGUCUGCAAUGUUGUGCCCAACUGGUUGAAAUGACGACUCCUAAUUAAUCUAAUCCCUCUUCCCUACACAUUGACCAUCUCCCUCCCUUCUCUGCAUAGUCAUGUGCCCGUUGAAGAGACUCUCAAAUGCUUCUAUCGUAUCAGCCUCCACCCCCACCCCGGGCAGCACAUUCUAGGCACCCACCGCUCUCUGUGUAAAAAAAAACUUACCCCGCACAUCUCUUUUGAAUUUACCCCCUUGCUCCCCUCUAGUACUAGACACUGGGGAAAAAGAUACUGACUGUCCAUGCCUCUCAUAAUCUUAUAAACUUCUUUCAGGUCUCCCCUCAGCCUCCGCCGCUCUGGAGAAAAAACCCAAGUUUGUCUGACCUCUCCUCAUAGCACAUGUCCACCAAACCAGGCAGACCACUGUUUGCAAGUAAUACAUACCCUUAUAAAAUGGAACAAAGACAGGACAGAUAGUUCUGGUGUGGCCGUUGAGAAAAUUAAAGGUAGUAUUAGAUCAAAAGAAAAGAUUUUGUUUUAUAUACAAGUUUGGGAAAAGAUCAGAAUUGGGAUGACCAAGAAGCAUAGAUAAGAUGACAUCUUUAUUAGUCACAUGUACAUGGAAACACACAGUGAUUUGCAUCUUUUGUGUAGAGUGCUCUGGGGGCAGCCCGCAAGUGUCGCCACGCUUCCGGCACCAACAUAGCAUGCCCACAUCUUCCUAACCCGUAUGUCUUUGGAAAGUGGGAGGAAACCGGAGCAUCCGGAGGAAACCCACGCAGACACACAGGGAGAACGUACAAACUCCUGACAGACAGCGGCGGGAAUUGAACCCGGGUCGCUGGUGCUGUAAUAGCGUUACACUAACCACUACACUACCGUGCUUGGGGAGGUAGAAUUUAGGAAGCAGGCUGUUUUUUUUAUAUAAAAUUUAUGUAAAAUUGAAAAGAUUAGCUAAAGUUAAUGUGGGUCCCUUGCAGGCUGAGACAAGCUGAAUUGUACUGGGGGAUAUAAGGGGAAGUUAAAUGUGUUUGGUGUCCACGCGGUAGCAGUUUAGCCUGAGUCAUGCUCCGCGCCAUCUCUCUUGCAAUAGUGGGAGGCUACAGAGUCGAGAAGUAGUGGGGCUGAAAGGGAGUGUAAAGGAAGGGACUUGAUGGCUUGCGUCCUGGGGAGGUUUUGCAGGAGGUGGCACAGUCGUUUUCCAAAGGGUCUGAAGGCGAAUUACAGAAAGGAGGGAGAGGGAAGACGGAAACAAUGGGUCAGUUCCCUUGACGUCAGUAGUGCUGGAGUCUGUCACCGAGGGAAGUGAUUGAAAGGUGCUCAGCAGGUAAUGACGGGCAGGGUUGACGUAUGACAGGGGAAGCAACAGUUAACGUGUCAGGUUAAACUCUCUCGCCCUGUUCCUCGCCACCACUGAUGUGGGUGGCUUGUGUUGAAGGGUGAGGGGGUUUGUUGCUGGCUGACAAUGCGGGCAUUACCAACGCAAGAAGUCCCCCCGCCCCAAAUCCGAGCUCCUGUAUUUUUUUAAUGUGUAGUGGCUCAUGCGUCCCAAUUCCCAAUCCGGGUGGGGGGGGGGGGGGAAGAGGGACGUGUGACAAUUCCUUUAGCCCUGAUUUCAUCCUUUGGAUGCCAUGUGAUUCUUCGCAAGUGGGCGAGCUAUGCCACUGCUCCACAAAUGUGUGGGAACAGUGCGGGCAUGCUGAGGGAGGCAAAUACCCCGUCUAACGAUUUGUCCUAGACGAGAGCUACACCUCCUGGGUUGCUGGAUCUAAACGCGUCCUCUUCCCACAAUGUUUUUGGGGGGGGGGGGGGUGUUGGUUGGAGGUGGGACAGAGAAAUUUGUGAACCUGAAUCUCCGGUCUCUUACCCCAGUGGAGAUGUAGGGAGAGGGGUGUGGGGUCUUUCCUCCUGACCUGCCCUCAGAAUCCCCCCAACCUCCCAGGUAGUUCCAGAAAUAACAGGAGACCUCCCACUCCCUUACCAGCACCAGACAGGUCCUUUUCCACAGAAGGGAGUCAGACAGCAUGGAAACAGGCCCUUCACCCUAUCCAGUUCAUGCCGGCCAAGAUUCCUAUCUAAGCUAGUCCCACUUGGCCCUUAUCCCCUCUAAGCCUGUCCUAUCCAUGUAUCUUAUCAAUGUUGUUAAUGUACCUGCCUCAACCACUUCCUCUGGCAGCUUGUUCCGUAUACGGACCACCCUCUGGUUCCUAUUUAAUCUCUCCCCUUAAACCUGUGCCCUCUUGUUCUUGAUUCCCCAACCCUGGGGGAAAAGACUGUGUGCACAUUCACCCUAUCUAUGCCCCUCAUGAUUUUAUACACCUCCAUACAAGGCCACCCUUCAUUCUCCUAUGCUCCAGUGAAUAAAGACCCGACCUCUCCCCAUGACUCAGUCCUUCGAGUCCCGGCAACAUCCUCAUAAAUCUCUUCUGCACUCUUCCCAGUUUAAUGGCAUCUUUCCUACAGCAGGGUGACCCAGAAGUGAACACAAUACUCCUCCACUACAGUCCGUUCUUGCUGAGUCUGGCUGGCUUUGGAGUGGAGGUGGGUGGGUGGGGGAGAAUAUCGGCUACUGAAGGGUGUGUUGUUGAAUCUGGCAUCUUGAGUAGAUCACAGAGGGCAGUUGAACUCCACCGUCCUGGUGGACAUCAGUCAAACCUAAGUGUUUGGACAAAUGGUCCACAGCUUUCUUGCCAACCAUGGUGAAAUUGCUGCAUUUUGAUUGCCAUUUCUAAGGUACUCCUGAAGGGUUUAGAAUAAAAGCUAGGGUAUGGGGGUGGGGGGGAGGCAGGGAGGAGCUCUGGCUUCUACAACCCCCCCCCCCCCUCCCCAGGUCUCUUUACUGACUUGAACUCAAGUCCACAGCUGCUGCGGUGAGGUUGGGACUCGACUCUGCCCAGUUGUUUGAGCAACUGGAAGGCGAGACCAGCUGCAACACUGCGGGCAGACAGGGAAAGACUUUGUGUCUGUGUCUCAGAGAAUAAGUCUUACUGUUGCCAGUGGACCCAAGGAAUUAAAACGCUAAACCUCAUUCUUGAAUCAGUGAACAGCAUAGGUGUAGAAUGGUACUGCUUUUUAGUCAGGAGCCUACUCCAGCUCCUGUGUUUGUGUAUGUAUUAGUCUUUGUAUGUGUGCAUGCCUGGGCAUGUUUGUUUGUGUGUGUGUGUGUCUUGUGUCUUUUCUCUAUGUGUGUGUGUGUCUUGUGUCUUUUUCUCUGUGUGUGUGAGAGUGAGUGUCUGCUGCUCUCCGGCUGAAACAGCAGUGAAGUCCCCUGAGAGGACUCCCCCCACCACACCCCCAUGCUCUGCCAUACUGUUGGUGCGUGGCUUCUCUGACCUUGGAUCACCCAAGUGACUGGCUUGCAUUCCAAGUUUGCCCUGCUGCUUAAACCAAUAAAUGAUGCCUUGUCUGUCCGCACUCCCGCCUCCCCCCCCCCAAGCAAAAACUGAUGGCAGAAAAGGUUACUUGGUAAUUUUAUUUUUAGAAAAAGAUCUGAAAGGGCAAGUAAAUAUUUAAGAAAAAUUAGUAUUGUAGCUUUAGCAAUCGCUCUAAGUUUCUAAACUUUGUUUUGAGCUGUUUUACUCUUUGUGUUUUUCUUUGUUCAGUUGUGUUCUGCAAGGAAGAUUCAUUUCAAUUUGGUUAAACCAUUACUUGCGGGGUUGGGGUGGGGAGGGUAUAUAUAAGAGUGAGCUUCAUGCUGUUUACACUUGCCAAGUCAGAGAAGGGAGGAAUUAAGUUUUCUGGAAACCUUCUGUUUACUGUACCUGUGUUAAUUAACACUGACGUGCCCCUGGAUUAGAGUGACGGAUUUGAACUGAAACUGUUUAGUUGGUUUAUUGUACCUGUACCACACACGCUCACGCACACUGCACAAGUACAGGGCAGGAAGGAGUUGUUGCUCUGUUCUUAAACACCGCACCGUUCUAGGGUUGUGAUGUUUUAGAUAAAGGGAUGAGGUUUAUCACGGCAUCGUAUUUUAGGACCAAGUCUGUGAAGUCCCUCUUGUUUAAGUCACUGUAAUCACGGUGCAGGUUUUGCACACUAACUGUCCUUUCUAUGAUGCUCCCGGGGGGUUCAGAAUGACUUAAGGUACCUGGGGUGCAGGUGAGAGAGGAAACCUGGCAUUGUCGGCUAGUUUGCAACCUGCAGAAGACUGUCCUCUACCCUCUACUCACCUCUGCUCAUUCUGUUCCAAUUGACAGCCCUACGUGGGGUUUGGCACGUAUGUAAGAAUAUAAAGGGCAGGAAGAGGCCAUUCCGCCCCUUGAGGCUGCUCUGUCGUUCAUCAAGACUGGUGCCCGAUUUACUACCUCAAAUGAUGAGAGGUAAACAAGAUCAUGAGGGGCAUAGACAGGGUGAAAGCACACAGUCUUUUACCCAGGGAGGGGGAGCUAAAAACAAAGAGGGCAUAGGCUUAAGAUCAGAGGUGAGAGAUUUAAAAGGGACAUCAGGGGCAGCUUCUUCACACAAAGGGUGGUACGUAUUUGGAAUGAGCUGCCAGAGAUAGCGGUUGAGGCGGGCACAUUAGCAACGUUUCAAAGCCGUCUAGAUAAGUACAUGGAUAGGAGAGGUUUAGAGGGCUUUGGGCCAAAUGCGGGCAGAUGGGACCAGCUCGCUGGGCAACACGGUUGGCAUGGACGAGUUGGGCCGAAGGGCCUGUUUCCGUGCUGUAUGACUACAGCCAUUUUCCAACACUCUGCUUGCUUUAGCGUACAGGAUUUUUUUUAGAGUAAACAGUGCCCUCAGAGAAUUUGAAAGACCUGUUGCCCUCUGAAGGGGUUUCAGCCCGAUACGGCUGACCCCCCAACUUAUUCUGAAACCCCUUGUGCCCCCUAG